AUGGCGGCGGGCGGCGCGGAGGGCGGCUCGGGCCCGGGCGCCUCCAUGGGGGACUGCGCGGAGAUCAAGUCGCAGUUCCGCACCCGCGAGGGCUUCUACAAGCUGCUGCCCGGAGACGGCGCCGCUCGCAGGUCGGGUCCGGCCUCCGCCCAGACCCCGGCGCCGCCCCAGCCGCCGCAGCCCCCGCCGGGCCCUGCCUCCGCCUCCGGCCCCGGCGCCGCGGGCCCCGCGUCGUCCCCGCCGCCCGCAGGCUCCGGGCCCGGGCCCGCGCUGCCCGCCGUGCGCCUCAGCCUGGUGCGCCUCGGAGAGCCGGACCACGCCGGGACCGGGGAGCCGCCCGCCACGCCCGCGGGCCUGGGGGCCGGAGGAGACCGCGUCUGCUUCAACCUGGGCCGCGAGCUCUAUUUCUACCCGGGCUGCUGCCGCCGCGGGAGCCAACGGUCCAUCGACCUCAACAAGCCAAUCGACAAGCGGAUCUAUAAGGGCACCCAGCCCACCUGCCAUGACUUCAACCAGUUCACCGCUGCCACAGAGACCAUCUCCCUGCUGGUGGGCUUCUCCGCCGGCCAGGUGCAGUACCUGGACCUCAUCAAGAAGGACACCAGCAAGCUGUUCAACGAAGAGCGGCUGAUCGACAAGACCAAGGUGACAUACCUGAAGUGGCUGCCGGAGUCGGAGAGCCUGUUUCUGGCAUCGCACGCCAGCGGCCACCUGUACCUGUACAACGUCAGCCACCCGUGCGCGUCGGCCCCGCCCCAGUACAGCCUGCUGAAGCAGGGGGAGGGCUUCGCCGUCUACGCCGCCAAGAGCAAGGCGCCCCGCAACCCGCUGGCCAAGUGGGCGGUGGGCGAGGGGCCCCUCAACGAGUUCGCCUUCUCGCCCGACGGCCGGCACCUGGCCUGCGUCAGCCAGGACGGCUGCCUGCGCGUCUUCCACUUUGACUCCAUGCUCCUGCGGGGGCUCAUGAAGAGCUACUUUGGGGGCCUGCUCUGCGUGUGCUGGAGCCCCGACGGGCGCUACGUGGUGACGGGCGGGGAGGACGACCUGGUCACCGUGUGGUCCUUCGCCGAGGGCCGCGUGGUGGCCCGCGGCCACGGCCACAAGUCUUGGGUCAACGCCGUGGCCUUCGACCCCUACACCACAAGGGCCGAGGAGGCGGCGGCGGCCAGCGGGGACGCGGAGCGCAGUGUGGAGGAGGAGGAGGAGCCCGAGGUGGCCGGCCCAGGCUCGAAUGGGGGAGACCCGCUCUCCCCGAUGCCCAAGGCCGGCUCCAUCACUUACCGCUUCGGCUCGGCCGGCCAGGACACGCAGUUUUGCCUGUGGGACCUCACCGAGGACGUGCUUUACCCACACCCGCCCCUGGCCCGCACCCGCACGCUCCCCGGCACGCCUAGCACCACCCCGCCCGCUGCCAGCAGCUCCCGGGGUGGCGAGCCCGGCCCCGGGUCCCUGCCCCGCUCGCUGUCCCGCUCCAACAGCCUCCCGCACCCAGCGGGCAGCGGCAAGGCGGGCGCGGGCGCGGGGACGGAGCCGGGCACCCCGUUCAGCAUCGGCCGCUUCGCCACGCUCACGCUGCAGGAGCGGCGGGACCGGGGGGCGGAGAAGGAGCACAAGCGCUACCACAGCCUGGGCAACAUCAGCCGGGGGGGCGGCGGGGGCGGCAGCGGCGGGGACAAGCCCAGCGGCCCUGUCCCCCACAGCCGCCUGGACCCAGCCAAGGUGCUGGGCACGGCGUUGUGCCCGCGCAUCCACGAGGUGCCCCUGCUCGAGCCGCUGGUGUGCAAGAAGAUCGCCCAGGAGCGGCUGACGGUGCUCCUGUUCCUGGAGGACUGCAUCAUCACCGCCUGCCAGGAGGGCCUCAUCUGCACCUGGGCGCGGCCGGGCAAGGCGUUCACUGACGAGACCGAGGCCCAGGCAGGGGAAGGAAGCUGGCCCAGGUCACCCAGCGAGUCAGUGGUAGAGGGCAUCUCCUCCCAGCCAGGCAGCUCCCCGAGCGGCACCGUGGUGUGA